AACUUCCCAUUGAGUUUAUUUCUUCCUAGUACUGUUAGCUUGUUUACUUGCAAAUGAAUUAUGGAACAAUUUACCUGUACAAGAACAAAAUCUUCAUGUUCAAAUCUGCCACGUUCCAACCGACACAAGAUUUUUAUACACAUAUAAAAACCUUAAGCCACAAUGUCCAUUAUUCCUUUAAACGCUAGUCACAUCACGUAACAUGACUAUGUCGUGUACGGCCACCGGAAACGGUUUUCAGUCCAACUCCACGAUGGCGACGAUGUUGGGGCGGAGGAGGAUUCCGAUACACACAUCGUUCUAUUGGGGACACAAAGCGGUCAUACUAUUCCGUUGCUGGCCCGGCGACAGCGCCGGCAUGUACGCGGUGGCGUUGAUUCUUGUUUUCGUCAUGGCAGUUUUGGUGGAGUGGCUUUCAUUCACUAAUAUUGUUAAACUCAAACCUGGGGCAUCAAACGACGUCGUUGGGUCGCUUCUUAGGACGGGACUGUACGGUGUUCGUACUGGAUUCUCGUACUUGGUUAUGUUGGCAGUUAUGUCGUUUAAUGGUGGCGUGUUUCUCGCCGCGAUUUUCGGCCAUGUUAUUGGGUUUAUGGUUUUUGGAACUAUGGCUAUUCUGAAGAAAUCGGGUGGUUUGGAUUCUGCCAAACCGUAGAGUUUGUUUGAUGCAUUGUAAAACGAUGCGUUUUACUUUGCGGCAAUAUAGUAAUGUUUUUUUGUGAGAUAUUAAAAAUAAUAAAGUUCUUUGUUGUUAAAAUGUGAGACUAUGUGUUGUUUUCAUUUUGAUUAAUGUGAAAUAAAGAGGUUUUUCUGGAA